AUGGUUGUGUGCGAAGCGGACAGACCAAAAGAGCCGAGAUUUCCAAUUUACCUUCCCCAAGAAAAACUGGAUGCCUUGCAGCAGACAGCCAACGCACUCGUCAUCUGCGGGAAAGGAAUCCUCUCAACCGAUGAAAACCCUGCCACUCUGGGGAUUCGAUUCUCAAAAAUGGGCAUCGAAAAUACGCCUGAGAACCGUCGAAGAUAUAGGGAGAUACUAUUGUCUACUGACUGUUCAAUUAAGAAAUACAUCUCUGGAAUCAUCUUACACCCAGAGACUCUGGAACAAACCACAUCAGAUGGGAGGCCUAUGAUUUCUUUAAUAACUAAUCGUCACAUCAUCCCCGGUGUAAAGGUGAACAAGGACUUUGUUGAGUUGCCAGGCACUUUUGACGAAUGCACUACUCAGGGUCUAGACGAUUUGGCAAGAAGGUGUGAAGAUUACCGUCAAUGGGGAUGCAGGUUUGCGAAGUGGCGCUGUGUCUUCAAAAUCUCCGCUCCGACGCCCUCCCGUCUCGCGCUCAAAGAGGUCGCCAAUGUACUCGCAAGAUAUGCUGUCGUCAGUCAAGUGGCCGGAUUGGUUCCGCUGAUAGAACCAGAGGUAGUCGCGGAGGGGAAUCACAAGUUGGUGAUGGCACAACACGUCUACCAAGAAGUCCUAUCGCACGUCUUCAAGGCGCUCCAGGACCAUCACGUCUUCCUUGAAGGCAUCUUGCUGGAGACCAAUUUUUUACGCUCUGGACACACCAACUGUUACCAAUCCACAGUUCAGGAAAAUGCAGAGACCUCUCUUGAAGUACUUCAACGAACUGUUCCUCCAGCAGUCCCCGGUGGUGGGACCGCAAAGGACAAAUUAAGCACUUUAAAGCUCCCGGAGUAG